CGAAUUUUUGGCAAAGAGUAGUACCUACCUAAAUGACAAUGACAACAUCAUCUACGAUUUACGCAGCUUCGGCUAUCUUCGUGAUGGCUAACUUGAUCGUUUGCGUAAAAACGGACCCAAGCUCUUUAGAGGACGUUACUAUCACCGAAACGAACCAAUACGUCGAACCUUUAUCGCCGAAGAUUUACUCGAAAGACGUAUGCGAACUCCUAUCACCAGAUAUGUUCAAGCAAGCUGAUCCGUUCCAUUAUCUACUCCAGAAAGCGAGUAAGCUUACAGGCAUCACAGUGAUCAUACGUUCAAACUUGAAGCACUAUUUAUUGGCCAAAAACCAGGCCGAUCAAUUGCCCCCUGCUUACGUGCCGUACGCUAAAGUUCUAUUACCUUUAUUGAGUUGCGUCGAUCUUUUGUACAGCAUAACAUAUUCAAUCGGUCUCAUUAACAAUCCCAGAAGAAAAUAUCCUCCUCCACCACCACCGUAUAUUUUCACAGGUGAUGCGGAAGUAUUACCCUUAUUUUCAUGGGAUAUUUUCACUGACCCCAAUCCUCCAUCAGUGCUCAUCGAAAAAUUACUACAAGUACCAGAAAAUAGUUAUUUGAGCAUAGCGAAAAAACUGAUUAAUGAGGAAAGUUUUCGUUUGGCGAGUGUUGACUACAGUUUGUAUACUAGUUUUUUGAGUAAAUUUCUAAAACAAGAAACCGCCUCGAAGGAAGUGCAAGAUUUACGACGAUAUAUUGGUGAAAUUCAAAAGUUGAAAACGUCUGCUCCUGCGGUUGGUCAGAAUGAACACAAGUAGUAAGUUUUACACUUGUCGAAUCACUGCAACACAGUCAGAUCGAUCCAUAUUCACAAAAUAAACUGAUUAUCCGAAUAAGAAAACGUGCAGAAAACAAAAUAAAAAUCAACAAAGUUAUAACAUUAUUAUUGCAAGUUUAAAAAAAUUUAAUGUGUUUGUAAUUAAUUAAAAUAUCAUCAUCAUCGAGUCGUAUAACCGCUCGUGGUGGUAUCGCGUACAA